AUGAUAUCCUCGCUAGCAGUCCUUUCAGUGCUCACGACCGCGGUCUUUGCCCAGUCUUCUUCAUCGUCGGCGGCCUCUGCAUCGUCAACGAGCAACCCAUUAAUUCCAUCGGGUAUCAGCACCAAUUGCAAGAAUUUUCUUGAAUCUUUGGACAGUGAUUCCUCCCUGGCAACAUGCACGAAGGCCCUAGCCACUGCGACGUCCGCUUACGCCCCAGGCAAUUCAUCAUCGACCUCCUCGUCCUCCGAAAUCACCAAAGUUCUCGACAAUGUCUCCUCCAAUUCAUGCGAAGUGACCAUCAUGACCUCGAUCAUUGCGAAUUUUGGAUCGGCCUGCCAGACCGAGCUUGUCACAACUCCCGUCAAGGAUGUCGUCCUGUUGUACGAUACCGUCUAUAUGAUGAAUCCUUGGCUCGACGUGCUUGUCACCAAGGAUGACAGUGGAACAUAUUGUGUCCUAGAGUCCUACAACGCGGCUACCAACAGUACCUCCAGCUCGGCGUCGGCAAGUGGCUACAGCAAUGCUGCUGCUGUUGGAACUACCAGUCUCCAAGAAGUACAAGAUACCCUCGUUGUGAAUUUAGAUUCCAGCAGCACGCUGUCUCGGCGAGCACAAACCGUCAUUGCCACCCCCAAUGCGACGACUUGGACUACGAACGGCAUUCCAUUCCUCUUCUUCACCGACACGCUAUCUUCCACUACCCUCUGCACCACCUGUUCGCGUAACGUUAUGACCACCUGGAUUUCAUGGGAAUCCAAGGUGCCGUAUGCCCCCGCUGCCCAAGAGAGCGCCCUCUUAAGUGGCUUGAACAGCCUUUAUUCAGCCAUUCAGACUAAAUGUGGCAAAUCGUUCCUUAGCGGUGCUGUCACAGCUGCAGGCGGCCUUGGUACCAGUGGUGCUGCUCGUAUGGCGGCCAGCGGAAAGGGUUUGGCCAGCUUCGCUGCAGGGCUGGUGGGUUUGGCGGUUGCAUCUGUCUUUCUUUGA